AUGAUGUUCGCUGCGUCUCCUCUUAAGUGCGUCUUCAGGUACAUGAACUUGACAGCUACCGGAAACGCGUCGAUAUCGCCAGAAAAGAAUGGUAUCUCGAAUGAGGGCAAGCUAUACGAGGUAGACGAAGAUGGAACGCUCGUCGCUGCAAGUGGGGGAUUCGAAAAUGGAUUUGGCGAAGGGGUUUGGAGUCCAAAAGGACGCAUGCUCGUCGGAGCAGGAGGACGGGUCGACUGGGGAUUGCCAAAUCCAGGAGGGACUCGCGGACACUGGUCUCCCUGCGGAGGGUUCCCUGCGUCACUCGCGAGAGGGUCAUGGUCAACUGGCGCGACUGAAGAAGGGUCUGAUGGACGAUCCUGA